CUAUGAAGCGAGCCUGCAACUUAACCCCGGCGAUACAGUAAAGCAAUCCCUUUCUUCUUCUCCCCCUCGAAGCAUAGCACCCGAUCGCGCCUCCAUAAAAGAAGCCUAAACUGGCAGGUCCGGCAUAUCCCCUCUACCUAGACCAUUAAUUAAAGCCGUCAAGCAAAAGAGCGAGCAAAAAUGCCGCCGCGAAUUUUCUCCGUCGGCUAUAGCUACGACGAGCGGCAGCUGAAGACUAGCAACGGGAAGCUCUUUGGACGGCGGCGGACCAUUCACCAGCUAUUCGGCGGAGGAAAAGUUGCUGAUAUUGUGCUAUGGAGAAACAAGCAUUUAUCUGGGCCCAUUCUUAUUGGAGUCACUGUGACCUGGUUUUUGUUCGAAGUUGUGGAGUAUCAUUUUCUUACUCUCCUCUGCCAACUUUUAAUUGCUGCGAUGCUUCUGAUUUUCAUUUGGUCUAAUGGAGCUGCUCUGCUUGAUCGGAACCCACCGAACAUCCCAGAAAUCAUUUUAUCAGAGAGGACUUUCAGAGAGUUUGCAAACUAUUUCCAUGCUAGGCUGAGUCGGUUCUUAGUCAUUUUCCAAAACGUGGCAAUGGGGAGGGAUAUUAGACUUUUCCUUCUGGCAAUCUCUUCUCUUUGGGUGAUAUCAGUAGUAGGAAGCUUUUUCAGCUCCUUAAACCUACUGUACUUGGGUUAUCUUGGUAUUCAGAUACUUCCUGCCUUGUAUGAGCGCUAUGAAAGAGAAGUGGAUCAUUUGGCAUUGAAGGGUAGCCGUGACCUCAAAAUACUUUUUCAUAAAAUUGAUACCAAUGUUCUUAAUAGAAUUCCACGAGGUCCUAUUAAAGAGAAGAAAUAUAAAUGAAUGGUUCAAUAUGGAAGCUGUAAAAAAUGGCUAUGCUGAUUCAAGACGUGAAAGCACCUUAUAUGAUGACAACAUAUUCUGAAUAUUGAGAGAUGUUUUUAUAGAUUUAUUCUAUUAUUUACUAUGUGCUUAGCCAUUUAUGUACAUAUUACUGUGCAAAUGAUAUGUAUUUGGAUAUUUUCACAAAUUAACAUUACAUAAUGUUAUAUGAGGUA